AUGUCCACCGUUUAAGAGGUUCAAAAGGAAACGAAGGUAACGGUGCAAUGUGCGCGCAGAGAUGAACGAUGGAUGUCAGCAAGGCUAAAUGUUUCGACGAUGUCCCCAAGCUCAAGAGCGCCGCGACACGUUCUAGUUCUGAUGACGACACGCUGGUUCGGGUAGCUGUCCUCUGCGGUGGGCCGUCUGCUGAGCGCGGAGUCUCUCUGAAUUCUGCGAGAUCGAUACUGGACAAUCUGCACGGCUCGGGAUUCACUGUUGACUGUUACUAUAUCGACCAGGGGUUGCGUGCAUUCCCAAUCAAUGCUCGCCAGAUCUAUUGUAAUACGCCUUCGGAUUUUGACUUCAAGCUUCGUGGGAAAAGACGUGAGGGGAUUCGAGAUCCAGUUGCACUUGCUUCGCGCCUUCGUGCUCAGGGCGCGAUAGCAUUUCCUGCUUUACAUGGCGCCUUUGGAGAGGAUGGCGUAUUACAAAAUGCCUUGGAGGAAGCUGGCGUCCCCUUUGUUGGCACAGAUGCUAUGCAUGCCUGCCGGGCAUUUGACAAGUUCACUUGCUCACGCACUCUUGCAGCGGAGGGUUUCCCGACACUAUCAAUGACGCUACUCGAGCCUUCCUCAAAUAUGGAUUACCACGCAACACUUUUGAGGUGGUUUGCCACGUGUAAUCUUGAUCCAGAGUUUGACUAUGUUGUGGUGAAACCUGCCAGGGGUGGAUCAAGCAUAGGGGUUUCUAUUGCACGUGGUGUUGUACAAGCCUCAGAUUUAGCCUCGAAACUCUUCACGUCAGGUACUGAUAGUCGCGUGGUGGUAGAGAGAUACGCUGGUUCGGGAGUGGAGUUUACCAUUACAGUUCUUGGCACAACAAACGAACCAGUGCCGCUCAUUCCUACCGAGAUAGAGAUAUUGGCAGAUGUUGAGAAAGGUUUGAAAACUUCCAGGAAAGUUGGACCCGCCGCACGACUAGAGCAAUUCAAUUUUUUUGAUUUUCGUAGAAAGUAUCUUCCAACUAUGCAUGUCGUUUACCACACUCCAGCUCGAUUUGGUACUGGAGCUAUAGAUAAGAUUCGCAGGAAUGCUGCUAGCAUAUUCAAAUUGCUAGGUCUACGCGACUAUGCUCGGCUUGAUGGGUUUUUUAUGCCAAAUGGUGAUGUAGCAGUUCAGUGGUGUAAAGAAGAGUUGGUAUUGGGCGACUCUGAGUCCUUGACAACAGACGGGGUGCCAGUUUUCACUGAUGUCAAUGUUGUUUGUGGAAUGGAGCAGUCUAGUUUUUUGUUCCAACAGGCAGCCGAGAUCGGAAUGACUCACUCUGCUGUACUGAGGCAUGUUUUGUGCAGCGCCUGCCACCGCUCUAAUAUUCCCAUACGUAUGCAGAUUUCAGAAAAGGAGAGGAAAUCCAAUGCUGAGACGCUCACAUUUUAUCAGCAACCCCAACUUAAAACAGAGAAUCGGGUCAAAGUUUACGUACUCUUCGGUGGAGGUACAUCAGAGAGACAAGUUUCUCUGAUGUCUGGCACCAAUGUAUGGCUGAGAUUACGAGAGUACCCUGAAUACGAUGUCGAGCCCCUUCUACUUGAGCCAACACCGAUAGGUUGCCAACUGGAUAAAACAUACGUUUGGCACCUACCAUAUGCUGCAGUAUUACGCCACACGGUUGAGGAGGUUUUGGCUGUCGCCAAAAGAACACAAAAUCCAACCCCAGGUGCGUGUGCACGCGCUAUUAUUUUGUUGCUGCGGACGUACGGCUGGUUAGAUGAUGUUGAAGACAGUGGUACCGGUAUCACCACGGCCGUUCGAGAAACAAUCUCAGAGUUCGCUGCAACUGCAGCAGCAGAAAAAGCUAUAAUUUUCAAUGCAGUGCAUGGUGGUUGUGGAGAGGAUGGCACGCUUCAGGCUUUGUUCACAGAGGCACGUGCGUCUUAUACAGGCUCAGGUCCAGCCAGUUCACGGCUUUGUUUCGAUAAAGCUGCUACUGGUGGCGAGCUCAAGCCACUUUCUUAUUUUGGAAUUCUGUCGUAUAAUCGUCUUCUUGUUUCGUCAAGGGUUCUAGAAGUGUUCCUCGGCCAAACAUCAAUAGUUGCGACAAUCUGGGAUGCUUUCGUGGCAACUGUCGGCCCUGCUCCUUUUGGCCUGUGCAUUAAGCCGAAUUCGGAUGGAUGCUCUACUGGUGUAGCACGUCUAAAAGGCUCUGAUGACCUAUUGGCCUAUGCCACAGCAAUAUUUAAUCAUCAGUCACAUCUUCAUCCAGGGGACUUGCCGAUGGCCAGUGGAAUAGCUCACAUUAUUGAGCUUCCUGAGGAAAUUCCUAGUAAUUUUUUGGUUGAACCUUUCAUCCCUACUGCAACUGUCUGCAUAACCCGUUGCAGAUCUGGCAUUGAAGAGCUCUACUUUGAGGAUGUGGCCUUCAGCACCACUCGUUGGAUUGAAGUGACAGUUGGUGUGGUUGGUACAAAGGGACACACUGCUGCACUACAUCCUAGCUUGACAAUUGUAGGGCAUGGAGAUGUAUUAUCUCUUGAAGAAAAGUUCCAGGCUGGGACUGGAGUGAAUAUAACUCCUCUCCCUGCAACCAUUGCUUCUGCAGAAGUGCUCUCAGCGGCGCGCACGCGUAUUGCUUUCGCAGCCAAUGCCCUCGAUAUUGAGGGUUUUGCUCGCAUCGACCUUUUUUUACACGUCGAUACUGGCGAUGUUAUGAUCGUAGAGGCGAAUACAGUACCAGGAUUGACGCCGUCGACAGUCCUCUUUCACCAAGCCCUUGCAACAAACCCUCGUGCGAACCCUGCCGCGUUUCUGAAACAUGCAAUAAAGCUUGCACACAAAUGUUCAUGAAAUAUGAACUGAAUCUGUAUGAGCAGGCGAGGGCCACGCUUCUUAAUAAACUUUUAACAAAAGGGCACGUAGGGAUAAAGUUUUACGAAAGUACUGAAAGUACUUCCGGAAGUACAAGGUGGCCUGUGGGUGCGCUUCGCUGCGGCGAAAAAUUAUCCGCGCUUCGCCUGUGACUCCGCUGUGUGCCAGCGUGCUCCGAUAGCGCUGACGCGCGUAUUUUUUUUCGAAUUACGUGGAGGACUAUCUUAAAUAUUUUUAGGGCUAUUAGGGCAGAUUAGGGCUAUUUAUGGAAGUACUUUCGUACUUUCGUACUUCCGUAAUCCGUACUUUCGUACUUCCGGAAGUACUUUCGUACGAAAGUACGAAAGUACUUCCGUACAACGUUGUACACGUACAGUGGUAGUAUGUAUGAUAUUAGUUCGAUAAAACUU